AUGGCUCUCAACGUCCCCGCCACUGCUGUCAACGCCAGACCUCUCACUCCCCUCAACCGCUCGCCGUCGGCAUCCAGCCUGAACAAGCAGGUCGAGCAUGAUGAUGAUCUGACUUCCACCUCCGCCAGACCAUCUCGUCGCAACUCUGAGGCCAGCAUGGGCAAGCCCGGCGCAUCGACUCCAGUCAGAGGCAUCUCUCCAGCACCUCCAUCUACAUCAGCUGCUCAGACCGCCCCUUCAGCUCCUGGCACCACCGGCACGAUCGCGACUGGAGUUCCUCCCUAUGUCGCCGCAGCUGCUGAGCAGGCCGCUCUCGAUGCGCCUGAUGACCAGUGGCAGCAGCAGCAGCCAGAUCCUGCCAAACCAACGCGUGCGUCGACUGCACCGAAUUCAAAGACCACAGCCGGAGCAGAUGCUUCUCAGCCCACGAAGACCGGCCCAAGUACAUCUACUGCUGCCGUGGACAAGACACCAGUGCCUGCGACUGCUACUGGGAAGCCGACUUCGAGCCUUCCAGCGUCGGCAGCGCCAGGUGUUGAUAUCCAGCCACAGCAAUCGACAGCGACGAAGCCAGCGACACCUGCACCAUCGUCUACCGUGGCGCCUGCAACAGCUGCGGCGAAGGCGGCGAGCACUCAGCCUGCCUCAAGUCAACCGACCGUGGACGCAUCGAAGCCAUUCGCAGCUGCUCCUCCACCCACAGGCCCACAGUCUGCUCCAACUUCAGCGGCUGCACCACAACAGGCCGCCGCACAGCACGCGGCAGAUGCAAAGGCUUCCGCGCCUGCUCAGACUGCCACCACGGCCAAGGAUGCAGUGCCGGCCAUCAUCACUCGUUCGCCAACUGCAAAACUACCUGCGAAAGAUGCCUCUCACGAUCAGCACCUCCACAAGCCUGAUGCACGGAAGAACACUGUGAGCUUGUACGCUGGCAAGAACCACAAGCAGACGGACUUCAACACUGGGCCGCUUGCAGCCAACAGUCCAUACUUCAAGAAGAUGCUAGCUGAGGACGAGGGACACGAUGGCUCGUUGGGCUCUCCUGACCAGGAGACAUUCGAGGAUGCCGAUGAGUUCUCGAUGGCAUUGAUGAAGCAUUGGCUCGAGAAUAACCACAAACUUCCUGGGCCGCAUGACUUUCACUCCCUUCAACACUACCUUGGCUUGUACGUGCUGGCAAAGAAGUUCCAGAUAGAGCCGCUGGAGAACCAAGUGAUGGACCUCACGCGCCACUACUACCGCCGCGAGAAGAUGACAGCUCCAGCUUUCCGUCUCGAGUACAUCUACACGUACACGCACGGACCCAACCUCAUGCGCAGCUUCCUCAUCUCGACCGCGGCUUAUCGAUGCCUCGUUGAGCAGACUUCUGUUCCAGGGGUCUACAUCUCUGACUCCAUUCGAGGUGUCUUGGCCAAGAACAACGACAUGACCAUCGACCUCGCUGAGUCUGCUAUCCAGCUGCACAAGUCUGGACUCCCAGACCCGCGUUCUGAGCCUUGGCAGAGUGAUGGCCAGGACGAUGUCUCGGCUGAUGGAGGAUCUGUGGGUGGUGACAUGGCUGACGAUCCGGCAGAGCCAGCGCCCCCUGCCGUCGAGCGAGUCGGUGCCACACCCGUUGUGGUCGAGAAAAAGGAAGAGCCCAAGAAAGAGGAGAAGAAGGUCGAAGAAGUCGAGGUUGUUGAAGCGAAGCCGAAGGCCGAAGAAGUCAAAGUGGUCGAGACAAAGCCCAAAGCCGAGGAGGUCAAGGUGGUCAAGAAGGACGACGUGAAGCCAGAGUCCGUCCCUGUCGUUGUCGAGAAGAAGGUCGCGGAGAAGAAGGUUCCCACGAAGAAGAGAUCUUUCCGGGAACGCUUCUACCUGUACCGCACCAGCACGGCCACCGAUACCACCAAGACGACGGACACGACGAAGAAGACCGGCUUCCUGACGAAGAAAGUGUCGAGCGGAAAGAACGUGAUGUUGUAUCACGUCGUCAAGUACAAGUUCCACAAAGCUUUCAACUUUGUCUACAAGAAGCAUGAUGUCCCCGAAAACCCGGUGUCUUCUGCGGCCUCGGUAACGUCUUAUAUCGGCCUAAAGGCAACCCAAUGA